AUGAAGCUCAUCACCGUCAUCUCCUUCCUCGCCGCCAGCGGCGUCAUGGUCUCUGCGUACCCUUCCACCCCAAGCGAAGAGGAACUGCAGGACAGAGUGAGGGAGAUUGUCGCCUCCGGCAAACUCCAGGGUGUCGAGAAUGUCGAGCACAACAAGAGAGCUCCUGGCGACUGCCUCCAGCCUACCUUAUGCUGCCCCAGCUUGACCACCCCUGUCGAUCCCCUCUUAGAUUCUGUCUUGAACCCCGUCGGUGUCAGUGCUUCUAACAUUGUCGGCUCGGUCGGUCUUCUCUGCCACCCUUACGAUGCUUCCUGCGCCCGCCCGGCUCAGUGCUGCGAUCAGGUCAACGUCUUGUCAGGUACCGUUGCUCUUGGCUGCCAGAAUCAGCGCUAA